GCCAGGAUGCGUAUUGAGCACUGUUACUUCUGUUCUGGAAACGUAUACCCAGGUCAUGGAACCGCAUUCGUGCGCAAUGACAGUAAAUACUUCAGAUUCUGUUCAUCAAAGUGCCAUAAGAACUUCAAGAUGAAGCGUAACCCACGUAAGCUCAGAUGGACUAAGGCUUUCCGUAAGGCUGCAGGUAAAGAAAUGACAAUCGAUUCAACUCUCGAAUUUGAGAAGCGUAGACACGUACCAGUCAGAUACAACAGACAAUUAGUAGCAGCUACACUCAAGGCUAUGAACAGAGUUGGUGAAAUUCGUAAACGUCGUGAAGUCGCUUUCUGGAAGAACAGAAUGGCCGCAAACUCACAAAGACGCAAAUUGGCAGACAAGAAGGAGGUCUCAAAAUCAAUCAACCUUCUCCCUGGUAUCAAAGCAAGCGCAAAAGCUGCUGCAUCCGCUCAAACAGUCAAACAAAAGGUCAAAGUACCUGCCAAACGUUCAAAUCUUGCUUCUGCAGGUGGAUCUGGUCAGAAAAUGAGCAUGGACAUGGACUAAAAAGUUCUAUUAGAACGAUUAGAAGUUUACAUUCCUUCUCCAUUCCUUUUUAUCAGGUGGUACACAAGCUAAUCUUUAAUUUAACUAUGCAUCUUGUACAAAUAUCAUGAAUUAGACUUUCACUCGAGAGUGUUCUAAUAAUAUUCGUUCUUCGAAGCUAUCCGAGCGAGUUGAUUGCGUUCACUUUUGAACAAAGCCAUCAAGUUUUUUACUUGGGUGAUUAUUUCAUUAGCUUCUCUCACACUCUCUGCUUCAAAUUCGUAUCGCUUAACGUGAUUACCUCCACGCCAGAAAUCAAUUCUGAAAUGUUGUUCACCUUUCUUAAUCUGUUUGCACGUUUUAAUGUUGGCUGCAUGGUAAGAACGUGUUUUUGUGCUUGAAUCAAUAAGUGCAGCUUUCUGUUCAGGAGGCAUCAAGUGUAUCCAAUCACCAUCGAUAGCCAAGACACGCUCAUGUUUACCGACCAAUCCCAAUAUACGUCUGUUGACUGUGUACUUCCUAUAAGCUGAUGUAUAAUCAAGCGCUGAAUUUGUGCCUUGACGUGAACCUAUCGUACUUCUUGGAUCCUUACUCAAGCGCUUGAAGAUUGAUGCAUUUGGAUUAGUACUUCUAGCCAUCUCCAUACGCCUAUCCAAACGCAGAUCAGCGUCAAUAUGAGAGCGCUUGACGAGCAUCAACGAUGAUACACCUUCUAAUGAAGCAACUGUUCUGUCAAGUGGUAUAACUAGAGCAGCAGACUUGACGAGUAACGCCCAGCUAUUCGGAUUCUUAAGGUUCUUCUUCGUACAACCAUUUCCAAUACGUCCUGUAAGUACAUAUCGCUCGGUACACUAACAGUGGUCGUGUAGCUGACAUCGGCAGUUGGAUGUACUUCUAUUCUCAAGUAAACACUUGGAGCAAGUGAGCUACUGACACCAGCAGUUGCGCUUCUUGAUAAAGUUGGUGUUAUGAUCUGAUGGCUUUGCUCUAUGGCUCCUUCUAAGGAAGAUGAGGAUGCGUUGGUUGGAUUACUUGGAGCAAGUAAUGGAUUGCCAGUAGAACCAUUACUGUUAUUGCUAUUGACCGUGCCAGUGAAUGGAUCCUCUGUUAUCCGCGAUUGACGGCGCUGCACUUUAGAAACCGCCAGUUGAUUGGAACGAAC